AACCUGCAUGCCAGUUCGUUCUUAGAGGCAAUGAGCGCUCAGAUUCAGUUUUGCAUUGAUAACCAUCUUCACCUGACUUCUUAUCGUGUCACCUUUUGUUACACUCGGUGAAGCUGCAGACCGUGAAAGAAGAUUCCCGUCGGGUACCUUGAACUUGAUUCAGCCAAGUUUUUAAGAUACUGUGUGAUGAUUAAAGCCAUUGUUGUGCAGAGAAACUUUGAGUUAUGACCAACAUGUUCACAGCACAGGUAUGAGAUCUUACCUGUUUUAGUCGUCUGAAUUUAUCUCUGAAUCAAACCAGACGUGUUACAGUACCACCCACCUUCUUCUGUUAGUUUCCACUCACUGAUCCAAACGCCACAAAGCUGCGACCUCCGUCCACCAUGAAGCUGCUGCUGACUCUCUGUCUCGCCUGCUCGCUGCUGAGCACAGCCGAGUCGCUGCGCUGCCACAUGUGUGACAACGACAACUGCUCCAACUCCACCUCGGUCACCUGUCCCGUCUUCUCAGCCUGCAGAACCAUCACUUCCUUGAGGCAGACCGGUCCGUUCACGAGUGUGUCUGUGAAUAAAAGCUGCUCCUCGCUGCUCUCCUGCUUCCCUCCUCUCAACACUCAAGUCGAAUGGUCCGUCAAUGUGGGGGUCGCUAAAGAAGGUCACCAUCAGCUCUGCUGCACCACAGACAACUGCAACUUCCCGACUCUGGCCGUUCCAAACACUCUAGCGAACGGUAAGCAGUGUCCUGUGUGCGGGAGCCUCGCUGAGAGCCAGAACGGGACCUGUAACUCCACCCUGUCCUGUCAGGGAGUCGAGGACCGCUGCUUCAACGGCACCACUGAUCACACGCCAUCAGAUAACAAACCUCUUCACCGUUUCCUGCAGGGACGUCAAACUCCACUCAGUUUCUGCUCCUCGGCUGCAUCUCCGGCAACCUCUGCAGCCUCCAGGCCACGUUCGGCUCUCUGAUCGGGGGAAACAUGGAGAUCACCUGUGGAGCUCCCCGCGGCGUCGCGAUGAGCGCCGUGCUGCUGACCUUUGCUGUCGCAGCUCAUAAAGUCCUGCUUUAGAUUUUAAACAUGUUUACGCACACAUACAAACCAACACAAGGCUGAGGGGAGUUCAGUGUUUCAUAACAGUGUAACGUCGACAACAUGUGCAGGUACAACAGGCUGAACCACAUACAGACGUUAUCACACACAGAUAGAGGCUCAGAUAUGAACACACACACACACACACACACACACACACACACACACACACACACACACACACACACACACACACA